CUCCUGCUUCUGAGUUGCCUGGUGCGCUUAUGGUUUUUCUAGUGAAGGAUCGCACCAGCAGCAAGUUCUCGGUCUCCUAUUCAUUCAAGUAGUUGAAUACCUCUGUCAAUCUCACUCGGACUGAGUGUCGAACAGACGCUUCAAGAGGCAGUCCUCUACCUACCCUCGUUUAUCGUCCGAUCUUCCUCUUUUCUCUCUUACUCUCUCCUCUCUCCUCUCUCUGUCCCCUUUUUAUUACAAUUCUCAAACCCACCAUGUCUGCCACAAUCCCAGCGAGUCUUUCAACGACCACCUCAGCCCAUCUCAAUCCCACGACGACAACAACGACAACAACGACCACGACCACCACGACCACCAAAACCCGCCAGACACGAACCAACCCCUCCCGCACAUCCAGGACCCAAACCCGCUCCUCCUUCGCCUUCGGCCACGGCUCCGCCCUGCAUGCCGACAGUAACUCGGCCGCCGCCACCCCGAUGCCCCAUGGCUUCUACCCGGCCCUCACGCACUUUACGGACGCUAUCACGGCCCUGCCGCGCGAAUUCCGGCGUCACAACUCGCUGCUGAAAGAGGUCGACGCCAAGGCUUGGGCCCUCGAGGAUAAUCUGCUGCAAUUGCUGAAGGCGAGCGCCGAGUCCAGGCCCACCGAGGUGGAGGAGACUUCCGGGCCGAUGUCGGUGUCGGCCGUGUCGGUGCCUGGUUUGGAUGGUUUGGGGGUUGGUGUUGGUGUCGGUUCGUUGGCCCCCUCCGAACCCUCCGCCAGCAAGAACCGCCGCCUCCUCUUCGACCGCGUCCGCCACACGCUGUCGGAUCUGAUGAUGACGGCCGACGAGAAAAAUCACGUCAUCUCGAACGCAAACGACGAGCUCGAUCGCCAGCUGACGCGGCUGGAUGCGGUCUUCCCCUUCAUUGCGGGCGAGGUCAGUGACGAGGCCCGGUUGGGUAGCUUGUCGCACUGGGCGUAUUCGAAUCGGUUGUUGGGCGUGGGCGCUGCCGCGAAGACGACGGAGCGGCCCCGGCGCGAGGCUACCUCGUCUGGGAAAGCGGAGUUGGCACAUGGGCAUGCACAUUCACAUGGACAUGGGCAUGGCAGUGGACAUGGGGCUGGUCAUGACGGGGAUGGUGGGGUCGGGCCGUCGCGGGGUGAGGCGAGGCGGGAGGCGGCCAUCGCGAGGAGACAGCGUCGGGGGGGUGCUGGUGCUGGCGCCGGGCAACAAGGUGCUGGUCAUGCGGAUUCCGAUCUGGAUGAGUUGGCUAGGGGCUCUGGCGGUGGUGGAGGUGGUGGUGGGGGUAGAAAGGGUGGACAGAGUGGAAAGUCUAGAGGAGGGGCGGGUGCUGCUGCUGCUGCUGCUGCUGCUGCUGGGCAGGGAGGUGUUCAGGCUGGCGAGCAUGUCGGUGGCGCUGGGCAGGGAGGCAGUACUUCUGGUCAGGCGAAGCGGCGGAAAGUCGAGAGGCCGCCGCCGGUCGACACUGGGGCUGCGAUGGAGAGAUCGGCGAGCGGCGCCGGUGCUGCUGGUGCUGCCGCUGGCGGUGGUGCUGGAGGACGGGCGGGAUUCAAGGAUGUAGAUGCUACUGGUGGUGCUGGCGGUCCUGCUCCUACCAAGAAGAGAUCCCGCGCACCGAAUGCCAAUGCGGCUUCACGGAAGAGAAACAAUCCAGGCAACUCUACCACCGAUUCGCCGGUCCUUGCUCCGUCACCUGUUGUCGCUGCAGCCACGAUCCCACGCAACGCGGCCAGUCCAGGCCCUGGUGCGGCGCGGCCACAGUCUUCUCGUACGCAGCAGAAUGCCGUUCAAGCAACUAACGGCCGUCAGCGCCCAUCGUCAUCUGCGUCAAAUCGUGUUACAGGCAACAACAAAACAGCCGAGACAAAGACCGUCGUCAAGGAAAGCACAUCCAAACCCGAAGCCACCCCCAGCUCAGUCAAUGAGACCCCACGCGAGACGGCCGACGAGGCCGUGGAUGUGGCGAAGAUGCCCGUGCCCGUAAGCACCAAGCGCGAAGACACGGACGGCAGCAAACCGGCUCCCUCCAUCGAACCAGACGAGACACCAGUCGCCCCGGUCACGGCGGCUCCCGUUCCCGCCCCGAACCCACCACCCAAGGGCCGCUCCUCCAAGACCUCCACCCCAGUGCUGUCCACCUUCACCGAAACCGCGUCCACGACCACGCAGCGCGUGCGUCCCACCCGCAGCACGGACCCCGCCCCGGCCACCGCUGCCACAACCAAACGCUCGCACAAGAAGAACGGUAGCGUGCCCGUGGUGGUGCCUCAGCGGCCGCCGUCCGAGGACGAGGAGUCCCUGCACGAAGGCGACGACGAGGACGAGGACGGCGAGCCGCGCUACUGCUACUGCAAUGAGAUCAGCUUCGGCGAGAUGGUGGCGUGCGAUAACGAUGCCUGUCCGCGCGAGUGGUUCCAUCUGUCGUGUGUGGGGCUGACCAAGCCGCCUGGCAAGAAUGUGAAAUGGUAUUGUAACGAGUGCAAGGAUAAUAUGCGACGGAGUCGUAGCGGGCGUUAAAUUUGGCUUGUCCUGACCUUAUUCUAAUGGGCAUUACUCUGGAAGAGGAUGGUGUAAAUCGAGUUAUAGACUGGGAACAAGGGGUAGCAUUUGUACUUGCAUCUUGGGGAGCACCGGGCUCCAUAUGGCUCUACUAGUGUGAGAUAACACAUCGUGGCUGUGCCGUAUAAGAUUUCGGGCCAUCCGCCACACUGGCACUACCCUUUAGUGAGCUUAUUCCGGUGUCUAUCAAUUGAUUUCAGUUCAU